ACCCUUGCGCGUAUCGCACUCACGGUCCUCGUCAACUUCGAUCUCCUUUUCAUGUGCAUCGUCCUCCUUGUGCACUACGUCAUCGUGGACCUCCUCCACCACGACCAAGAUCUCCACUUCAACCCCAGUUAUCUCGAUCCCGGCUACCACAUACUCAGCGUCCUUCUCUUCAACGUAGCCCGGCGAAUCGAUCGUACACAUGGACUCCUCGCACUUCUCUUCGAUCACUUCGUCCUCCAUGCAUGAUUCUCGGAGCUUCUCUUUGGCCUCCGCUUGUUGCCUCUCCUCAAACUCCUUUCGCUCGUGAAGCUCCUUCAAAAACUCUUGCUCCCAUGAAGUCAAACUCCUCUCCAAACCUUCGAGAUAAGCGAGAUCUUCCAGAUCCAACUCAUCUAAUGGCUCCUACUCAGGCUACUGUAGUCGCUCAGUUCCGCGACUAUCACGCCGAAAAGUUCUCAGGGAAGGGAGAUCCCCGCAUUGUAGAUGAAUGGAUUCAGGGCUUGGAAUUUAUCUUUGAGGUCAUGGACUGCCCCGAUAGAUAUCGCGUAGUUUGCGCUCAGCUUCAGCUCACUGGUGAUGCUAGUCUCUGGUGGAACGCCUACUGGAGCAUGCGUCCCGGUGAAAAAGCGGGUUGUACGUGGGACAUGCUCAAGGAGUUAGUCCGUGAAAAGUACUACCCCUCCUACUAUGGGGCAGAGAUGGAGCGUCAGUUCUUAGCGCUCCAGCAGGGCACUCGUACGGUUGAUGAGUACGAGCGAGAGUUCACUAGACUUGCAGCAUUCGUACCGGACCUGGUUCGCACGGAGGCUCAGAGAGCGCAGCGGUUCAUCGACGGGCUUUACCCAGCAGUCCGUCAUAACAUCGUGGGACACAGGACCCAGACCUACGCUCGUGCAGUUUCUAUCGCCCAGGAGGUGGACGCUAGCAUCAGGAGGGAGGCAGUUCGUGAUCGUGCCCAGCCAUCCGCCCCAGUUCAGCCAUUCGCAGCUCCACCAGCUCAGCCAGUGAAGGAGAAGAAGAGGAAGGGGAAGGGCGCACAGACAGAUAGGAGGACUCGACAGAGACAGCAGCCGAUUCCACUGUGCCCGACUUGUGGACGACUUCAUCGGGGAGAGUGCCAU